GCAAUACAAAGUAUUGUUUGCCACUGUUGGGCAUCUCAUCUAUUCCAAUCUGGUAAUCAAUAUAUUCUGAUGAAGUGAACGUUUGAAAAUACACCAUGAGGGCGUGCUCCGAGUCCGAGGACGAGGGCGGCGCCGGCCCGGCCCGGCGGUCCCACUCCAUGACGCCGGCCAGCCGCCGUUCUCUGUCGACGGCUCUCUCAUCGCUCAGCAUCUCUACAUCGGACCUCAGUGGCGGCGGUCGGCCGGCGCGCGCCGCGCCCGCGCUCUGCACGCGGCACCGGCCACCGGACGUGUGCCGCCGCCACUCCUGUGACGCCCUUCACAUCUGUCGGCUGUACGUGGACGGGUUCUGCCCGCACGGCGACGCUGCCUGCCGCUGGGGUCAUAUGGUGCUCUCAGCUUGCAACGAGGCGGCGCUGGCAACACACCAGCUGCAGGCGCUGCCCGAGCGCGAGCUGCUCUGGCUGGUGCGCGCCCUGAUGCGCCAGACGGCUCCAGUCACUGCCGAGGAGUACCGCAGCCAGCUGGUCGUCUGCCCAGAGUACGCCGCCGACGCGCGCUGUCGGCGAUCCGACUGUUUCCGGCUGCACCUGUGUCCGCGGCUGGCGGCUGGCGAGUGCGGCGCCGGCGAAUCCUGCCGCUGGAGCCACCGACUCACCGACCCGGACAACGUCAUGGUGCUGCUGCGGCUGCGCUGCUCCGAGCUCAGCGAGCCGGAGGUGCUCGCCCGGCUGGCGCAGAACCGAGUCGACAGCGACUCCUCGGACAGCGCCGGGUCGGAGCGUGGCCCGACCGACACCGACUCGGAGAGGGAGAGUGUCUACACGGACUGCGAGCCCACGCCGCCCGGCCGCGGUGCGGGCGCUGUGGGCGGGAACGGAGCGACUGGCAGCGUCUCACAUGGUCAGCGGACUGGUGCUGGCAGGGAUCAGGUCAACAUGGAUAGAAGUAGCUCUGUCAGCAGCGCUCAGCAGCCUUCCGAGCGAGACUCCGACUCGUCUGACCAGGUAAAGGCCCCGGCUCCGGCUCCAUCGGCCCGUCCCGGCGCAGAGUCCGCUGGUGUAAAGGCUUCGAGUCCUACUGGAUCGUCUGGCAAGGAACUAUCUAAAGAGGAGAUGAUUGGCAUCGCAAAGACGUUGGAUGUAUGCCACUAUUAUGGCUUCCCGUCCAAAUGUCUGGACAAGCAAUGUGGCAAACUGCAUUUGUGCCGCUUCUAUGUCGCCGAUAUAUGUCCGUAUGCCAUCAUGUGGUGCUUAAGGAGUCAUCAUGUGUCGGACAAGCAUAACAAGGGCGUGCUUGAGCACCAUCGGCUGACCAAACUUCCACAGGCCGAGCUGGUGAAGGCCUUGCGAGCUGGCUACCUCGCCCGCAACCCGGUCACCACACUGGAGCGACGCUUUCUGCUGCAGCUGUGUCGCCCGUACCAGCGCGGCCAGUGCAAGUUUGGAGAGUGGAAGUGCACUCGUUUGCACAUUUGUGAUGGCUAUAUGCAUGCCAAGUGCGUGAGCAGCUCUGUGUGUGGCAUGUCCCACAACCUGAACAGCCAGCACAACGCGAAUGUGGUGCGCAAUAUUGGACUGCACUCCAUGACUGCUAGGACCAUGAUGGAGAUCCUGAAUAACCCGGUCCCGGCUAAGGCAAUGUGGGAGAGCUCGGCGCCUAAGCGCAAUCGCAAUGCCUCUUCAGGGACCGCUAGCGGCGGCUCUCAACCUGCCGCCGGUGGCGGGCAGGCCUCAGCCUCGGAUCAGACAACUGCCGUCUCCCCGCCGUCUGGGCCUGGGGCGUCUGCUACUGGUGCGGCGCAGACCAGUGGGGCGUCCGGCAGCGCCCGUCCCCCGGGUCAGAGUGCGGGCGCCGUGGGAUCGCCGAGAGCUGCGCCCGCAGUGUCCUCCUCUGGCAGCGGUGAGGUGCAGGGGAGGGAGGCGGCCACGCCCACCGGCGGCUCACUGCCGGUCGAGACCGCGCGACUGGCGACUGAGGCCACCGGUGGGACUGGACCCCGCUCCGCCACUGGUACCGGGUCAGCGCGCGGCUCGGACGCAGCGGAUGGCGCCACUCGGUCCGGAGGCUCGGCCCAGGUGACAGGGAACGCGAGCGUGCAAGUAAAGCAUGUCGAGCGAGGUGUGGACCAGGUAGCAGCUCAGGGUAAGCAGACUGACAAGACACAGAAGGCAGCUGAAGGUAGAGAUGCAGCUAUGAAGUCUACUGGCUCUGACCAGCAGAAUCCGAGCAAUUCUGCGCCGUCAAAAACCGAGGAUAACUCGGUCUCUACGAAUGCCAAGGUCAGACCACCUGUAAAUGGCCAACACACUAACUCAAAUGGUGCCACCAAGUCAGAGAUCUUGAACAAAUCGGCGCCCAGCAAUCCCAAGCCUAAAGAACCGAACAAGAGCCUGACAAAGGAGGACAUGGCACGUCUCGCCGUAAAUCUGGACGUUUGUCGGGACUAUUUCUUUCCGAACACAUGCAAGACAAAGGACUGCGAUAAGCUCCAUCUCUGUCGCUUCUUCAUCGCCUCCAAGUGCACAUAUGCCAUACACAAGUGUCUGCGAUCUCACCACUUGUGGAGCGACCCGCACAACACGCGGGUGCUGCGCGAGAACCGGCUGCACGGUCUGUCCGAGCAGGACGUGUUCCGGGCGCUGCGCGACGGCUACCUGGCGCAGAACCCGGUCACAGACGCGGAGCGCCGCUUCCUGCUACAGAUGUGUCGGCCUUACCAGCGCGGCAACUGUAGCCGGCCUGAGGUCUGCACUCGGAUCCACAUCUGCGACGGCUACGUCUACGACAAGUGCGAGAGCCGCACUAUAUGCCACCGGUCCCAUGACCUGAAAAGCGGGCACAACCGCAACGUGGUGCGCGGCCUCAUGCUGGAGUCGAUGACUGCCGCGGACGUCAAGGCGACCCUAGCGAAGCCUGUCACGGCCAAGGAGAUGUGGGAAAGCUCUGCGCCCAAAGGACAGCGCGCCACGUCGGUUGCGGAGCGGGCUCAGGUGGCUGGGAACGGGAGACAGGCUGCGGCGGCUGCCCCUGACAGACCGCCGGCCUCCGGCGCCCGCGGGCAGAAUCCAUCCAAGCAGAUCCGCGGCCAGGCAGUCCCGGUGACCAGCGCCUUUCAGCGGGAAAAGUCCGCGGUAAAGCCCAAGCAGGCUGUCAUCACAGAGUCCGAGGACUCUGACUCGGACGAGUCGAUCGAGCUGCCUGACGACGGUGCGACGCUGUGCGCGGAGCACGUCUCCAGCGGCCGCUGUCAGCGCGACGACUGUGACGGCUUCCACAUCUGCGGCUUCUACCUGGCGAACCUGUGCCGCCGGCCGGACAACAAGUGCCCUAUGGGCCACUCGUUCGGCUCGCCGCACAACGUGCGCAUGAUGGAGACUUACGGUCUGCUGGGCGGCUCGCCGGAGCACUUCCAGGAGCUGCUGGAUCAGAUGACGCUGCGCGCGCGCAUCACCUUCUCCAACGAGGCCGAGGAGAGGGUGCUAGUGUGCUUCCCGUACAGCUCGACGGCCGGCUGCACCUGUGACGUGUGCGGAGAUGACGACAAUGCCUGCUGCGGCCGCUUCCACCUGUGCAGCCGCUUUCUGUCGGGAUCGUGCACCAGGGCCGACUGUGAACGCAGUCACAGUCUGCGGGAUGAGCACAACGUGCGCGUGCGACAGCUCAUGGGGCUGGCGACGGCGCCGGGAGGCCGUCCACGACACGCCUGGGCCACCGACCGCGAUAUUGUGGAAAUGCUUAGAGCCAAACUGGGAGUAAAACCGGGUGUGUAUGACGCUCCUGAGGAGGUGCCGAUGCCCGAACCGCGGGGACAGACGACCACUGACGAUGCCCAGUCUGAGGAGGAGGAAUCUUGUUCUGAUGAGGCACCUCCAGAAGAUGAUAAACCGAUGGGGAGUGAGCACGGUUCUGCCGGUGCAAGCACUGAAACAAUUGAAGAAAGAAAGCCUGAUAACGGUACAAAGCUUGCCACGGAUGUGACUGAACCUGACGCUGAAGUAGCCAAAUCUGACAUGGAUGUGGAUAAACCUGACUCUGAUGUGGCAAAACCAGACACGGAUGUGGCCAAACCUGACUCUGAUGUGGCCAAACCUGACUCUGAUGUGGCGGCCAAACCUGUCACUGAAGUGGCCAAACCUGACACUGAAGUGGCCAAACAUGACGUUGAUGUCGCCAAACCUGUUACUGAAGUGGCCAAAGCUGACACGGGAGCGGUCAAACCUGACACUGAAGUGACCAAACCUGGCACGAAUAUGGCCAAACCUGACACCGACCUGCAGGCCCCUCCGAGCGGCGGCUCCGAGCCCCCCGUGUCGCCGCCGGCCGUGUGCCGCAGUCUGGGCGUCGGCCGGCGCUGUACGGACGCCGCCUGCCCCGCCGUCCACGUGUGUCCGCACUUCCUGGCGGGCGCGUGCCGCCGGCAGCGCUGCCCGCUCGGCCACCGGCUGGACACCGAGCCGAACCGGCGCGCACUGCGGCUGACCGGCCGCGAGGUCACCCAGCACAACCAUAAUGCGCUGCUCAAGGAGCUGUACAAGGCGGCAGGAAACGUCCUGAGGUACCAGCUGUACGACCGGCUGCGGAUCUGUAUCGCCCACAACCACGUGCAGGGCUGUCAGUCUCGGAUGUGCCCCUACAUCCACAUCUGUCAGCGUUUUGCCGGCGGCACGUGCCAGGAGACGACCUGUCGGAAGGGUCACUCGACACGCACAGAAGCUAACAUAAGGAAGCUGCGCUCGUUGAAGCUGGAUACGGUAGCGGAGGAAGAGCUGCUGGAGAUGCUGCGCGCUAUCCACGGGAUCCGUUCCACAUACUAAUGGAGCGACUGCCCGAAGUUAAGCCGGUACUGCCGUGCAAUGAUAGUCCAGGCGGGGACCGAAGAGGAAACGUUUGUGUUCGUUAUCGGUGUUAGCAGCUGAUGUUGCUGCUGUAAGGCUGUUUGACGCAGCUGCCGCCUAAUGGCCAGGACGUACUUACAAGUGUAAUCAAGAACGUCCUAUGAAACAUGUACGUAACGAUCUGGAUCAGUACUUAUGUUGACGAUUGUCGCGACAAAGCAAUGCUCAUUGGAAAUUGGUGCUCGUAAAGUGCCAAAAAGCUUCCAUCUCGCUGAUUCGUCUUUACGUGAAUAAUUUAGGUACAUAUCUGGAACAAUCUGGGUUUAGUAGAAUACCUAUAUUGCGUGAUAGUUCGCGCGCAGGGAUCGUUGUCUUUUGUAGUGUUCAGUUACGUUGAUUUCUACUUGUACUGUGGCGGGAACUCACAAGAAAUAGGGUUACAAACUAAUGGCGAAUUACAUUCCUACGUUCGUUUCUAUCCGCCCCGUGCUCUAAGGCUGCCUGGUGACACAUUCCGAAAAAGUAUUGAUUCUGUAACCAUGACAUUGUUCGGUUCGUUUUACGGUCGCGUGCGGUGCAUUCAGCGACGUUCGGCGCUGUCGGGUGAGCGCGGUACUGGUUCCUGGGCCGACAGCCCCGUUCGGGGCGGGCUAGUGAUAGGUGCGCUGUGAGGGACCGCGGAUUGAGCGGAGUUGUCGACCGGGGCGGAUCGUGCUGUUAAUUCAGAUACACCUUUUUUGCAAUUAA